UUUUGUAACAUAACAUGUCAGUAUAGGUUCUAUCCGCAAUUUUUAGUAAUGAUACUAGUUUCUGUACUUUUACUGAUCUUUGAGUUGAAGUCAUACGCCAUUCAUUCAGUUACUUAGCCUAUGGCAGCGAAUUCCGACUUAAGUUUGUUUGACAUCGCCUGGGAGGACGUCCUCUACGCUAAAUUAUUUCCAUUGCUUUCACUCAAGGAUUUGUUCAAUCUACGCUGCUGCUCCCGAUUGAGUAAGCAGCUAGUGGAUAAUGGGUUUUCACAUCGCAGAGACUUCAAUCUGUCCGGUAAUAACAGUCCACACAUAGUGAGGGCAUUCCAUGUUUUGUCGAAAAUGUGUUGCAAUGUACACACGGUGAACCUAGCUAAAUGUAACUGGCUUCUGGAUACUAACUUGCGCGAGUUUCUUAAUGUGAAUACCAAAAUUAGAAGAAUUAAUCUGAGUGAAUGUCCAAACAUAUCGUCGGCCUCACUGCAGCCUAUCAUCAUUAAAUGCAAACAAUUGCAGGUGUUGAAAUUAGCACGAUGUAGUUGGCUCACAAUAGGUGCUAUGGAAGCUUUAACGCUGCACCAUUCAAAAAUUCAGGAAUUAGACAUCUCCCAUUGCACUUCACUGAGCGAAAGAUGCAUAACGAUAUUUCUGCUCAACUUUCGGCUUUUAAGAACACUCUCUUUGGCUUAUAUUCCAAGCGUGACCGACAAUCUACUGUACACGAUUGCGAAGAAUUCGAAGGAAAUGAAACAUUUGAACAUUAUUGGAUGUCAGCUCACAACUGACCGCGGUGUGGGAGCCCUUUCACUAUACUGCACUCGAUUAGAAUCGCUUAUGGUUCGCGACUGUCCAUAUAUUACAGAGCGAAGUUUAUCUUUGCUACGAGGACGCGCGUUUGUUGAUCGACCACGAAUCUACCAACAUCAGUUUAACGUUGUACCGAAUAUGGGAUUACCAAGGCUAUAUCUACAGGUUUAAAAAACAAAUACAUAACAAUUGUUUUAGUUGAUGUUGAUAAGUAUAUUUUCAAAUGCAAUAUACAGUUUUUCUCUCUUAAUAACUAA